AUGGCUGAUUUCUCUCCUGAACCUGUGGCCGCUGCCACUCCCACCACUCCCAAGCCUGAUGUCAAGGCCACUCCCAAGUCCAAGGCCAAGCCCAGGGCUGCGCCGAAGACUCCCACCAAAACUCCAACCAAGUCCAAGGACGCGGACGGACUUACUCCUCGAGAGAUGGAACUCCUCGUCGGUGCUCUUACCAACCUCAAGGAUGAUGCUAGAAUCCAGGUCAAUUACGAAGCUAUGGCUGGAGCAACUGGUCUGAAGGACGGAAAUUCGGCAAAGGCUUCGUGGGCAGGUCUUCGAAAGAAGCUGAAUAUGACCGGAGGCAUUGGCAGUACCCCUUCUGCAGGUUCCCCUGAGAAGCCAGCUGGUGUUACCAAAAGUGCAAAGAAGACGAAACAGCCUCUCAAAGCGGCGAAAAAGAAACCAACGAAUGAGAAUGAAGACAAUGAUAAGGUCGUUGCUAGUUCCGAGGAGCCAAAAGGCGAGCCCAAGGGUGAUGCUGGUGUGGAGGGACAGAAGGAUGAGGCCACUGAUGACGCGGUCAAGAUGGAAGAUGGCAAAGAAGAACGGGAAGAAGAAGCAUGA